AUGUCGGACAAAAAACAAACAAAUGAAGAUGAGGUGUUCGAAUUCCUCAAUUCGCUUCCAGAUCAAAAAGAGGGGGAAGGUGCGCCAGUUAAGCAAAACUCAGAGGAUUCUAAGGCAAAGAAAGGAAAUUCAGGAAAGACGGAUCAGGAUAUUCUAGAUUUUUUGGAUGAACUAGAGGCAACAAAUAAAGAUAAGAAAGUUGAUACAAAAGUUGAAAGUACGACGGUGGAGGUGACUAAAAAGCCAAUAGAAGAAACCAAUAAAGACCCAAAGGAAACCAAGGAGCAGGAAAAGGCAAAUGAUACGGAGGAAGUGAAUGAUCCAAUAACAUCAUUUUCAAAAUGGUGGAGUGGAAAUGGAUCUAAAAAGGUUAGCUCUGGUAUUACAUCAUUAUGGGGCACAGCUCAGUCAUUAACACAGCAAGCACAAGUGAAGGCGGAAAGUGCAAUUAAACAGGCUAAAGAGCAGGGUGUCGAGGACAAGCUCAGGACGGCAUUCAAGGAUUUUGGAAUUACUGGUGUUUUGGAGGGAGAUAGAGAUUUGACAGAUAAAGAGAGGGAAGAAUUACUCAAGCUUCCAGACACCAAAAAGGCGGUGGAGUCAAUUAAUAAGGGAAUUAAUCUAUUUUCAACUAGACUAACAGAUGUUCUUGAGACGUUGAAUAGCAAAGAUGAAGUGAUUAACAUUAAAUUAGUUCAUGAUUUGAAGAACUAUCCGAAUUUGUCCAAGUACGUGAAGCACAACUUUGAGGACGUGAUGAGUGAGCAGGUUGACGGAAAUAUCGAUGUUCACGUUGCCCAGUCGGGGACAGUGUCGGAACAUCAAACGAAUGCAUAUGGAAAGAGAGAUAUAAAUCUUUUCCAGGGAAAAUUGUCUGAUGCAGACCGUUUGGUUGAAGCCAACAUCGAAAGUAUAAUGUCACCGGCCACAGAAAAAGCGGAUGGAUCAUCAAAAGUAUUUGAUAAGACGGGGGCUACAGCAAGAAAUACCAAUAUUUAUAUUGGCCUUUUAGCAGUUUCGACAAACAGAAACACUGUUAGUAAUGGAAAAGACAAUUCGAAGGAAGAAAAAGGGAGUACAGACUCAGCAGAAGACAACUCAGCGAUCACAAUCGAUGAACUUUCAGGGUCAUCCUUUUGUUUUACGGCGACACUGGUCGACAAAACACAUGACAUUAAAAUUACAAACAGAUCUCAACCAUUUCCUUUGAAGUGGUGUCAAUGGAUCGACGGAAAUUUUAAUAAGAUAGAUAAAGAAGAGGAUGUUGAUCCAAGUGAGUGGGUUAUCGAUUGGAUUGAUCAAGGACUAGACAAAACAUUUGGUGUCAUGGCCCAAACAUAUGUGAUUAUGAGAAUGGGCUACUAA